AUGCUUGUUACCAAGAUCAUCUUCUGGGCUUUUGCCACCGCAACCGCCACCGCUCUCCUCACUGUCAAAGAUGUAGCCACCAAGUUCGGUAUCUCAGAAACCGAUAUCGACGAGAUCCUCUCUACUUCUGAUGUAUCCACCAUCAACGUCGACAAAUGGGCAGACUUCCUUGACGUUAGCCUCAAAGACAUCAAGUCAUGGCCCCAGUCUGACAAAGUCGCUGCUCUUGAGGACGUUAAAAAGAACCUCAAGACUUACAUGGCAUCUGGCGCCAAGAUUGAAAAGCGUCAGGGCAACCUCCAGAAGCUGCAGCAAGAGAUCGAUGCCAAGAUCGCUCAGUAUCGCUCUGAGCAUGAGGCUGAUCACCGACGCCGACUGGCUGGCUGCCCCAGCAUUCGCUGUGGUGUCUGCGGCGGCGGAUUAACUGUUGCUUACGUUGCUGCCCUUACUGCUUGUGGAGCUGCUGCUGCUACCGAGGAAGCUAUUUCUGCUGGCACUCUUACUCCUGCAGCUGUCGUUUCUCUCGGUGCUUGUGUCACGGCUGCCCACGCUACAUAUGCUAGUGGCUGGACCUUCUGUCUCGGCAUGAAAGAUUAG